CUUUUGUUGGUACCCAGUUUGACAGCUGGUAUUGUUUACAAACUAGCAGUAGCACCGAUUGGGAAUUUUCUACUUAUAAAACACUAAAAAGUGUGCAUUACUAUGAAUUCUGCGACAAAGGUUGGAGAGAUUUUUACUGCUGCCGGUGCCGCAUUCAAUAGCUUAGGGGAGCUAACGAUGCAACUUCACCCAUCUUCAGAUUCUCCAACCGGGAGCAAAUGGACAGAUGAAGAAAUAGAAAUGCUUCGAUCCGCAGUCACACGUUUCAGUGAAGAUUUGAGCAAAAUCAGUCAACGCAUCAAGGGACGUACGGUCUCGCAAAUUCGCCACACUCUCAAGAAGAAAGCGUUCGAAGAUGCUGGCCUACCGAUGCGGCAGCUGACCCAAACAAUUCCCACACAAUCGCAUCAUCAGCAACCACAUGUAUCACCGCAUCAGCAGCAGCAACAGCAGCAAAUAAUCGUUACGUCCUCCGCAGUGACACACUAUGAAGAGACAGUACCGCCGUCGACCAUCAUUACCCAUCCAAUGGUGAUUGAGUCUGUCAUAAAAGAUGAAAAUGCGGAUUCCAGCGGGCUUCUUUGCCAAACAACUGAUAUUUCGAUGACAUUAAAUCGCCUCAACACACAGGAACACGAAGCAGACGUAGAAGGCAUCGGUUCGAGCGAAAUGAAGCUCGAGUUCGAACCUGGCACGGAAGAAGUGGCCGGGUGAAACGAGGAAGAUUUUUACUAUAGUUAACCGAAGGAUUAAUACUAGCAACUAAAUGUGGCGCUACGUGUGAACGGUGUGAAGGAAGCGGUUGUUAAAAAUAGAGUAUGAUAAGCAGCAGUACGAAAAUCAAGCCCGUGCUACAAAUAGAUUCCUGUUAGGCCAAUUUUGUGGCUUCCAAACGAUCUCUAACAGAAAUAUUAGUCGUACAUAUCGGUUGUGCUCUAGCGGUCCGAAAAGAGGUUACGCGUCUGGGAGGUAUUUAUAGGUGCCCCCUGCCCUGUCGGAGAUCCAUAAUGCGGUGAGUUAUGUAUUUUGUAUAAAUAAACAUGUACAUCCUAUCACUUGAUA